CUGCCCAUGGGCCAAGUGUGACUGCCUCUGGCCCUCAGACUGGACACACUGGCCUACAAAUGAGCAGGACUCUGACUCCCUGACAACUGUGGAGGCCACUGCCUAUGCCCUCCUGCAGAAGGUGAAGCUGGGGCAGCUGGAGGAGGCCCACGGCAUUGCCUGCUGGCUGGUUCAGGCCCGCGCCUAUGGUGGUGGAUAUGAGAGCACCCAGACCACAGUAGUGGGGAUGCAGGCACUGGCUGGGUACCAGCUGGCGCUGCCCCCCCAGCCCGCUAUGGAGCUGAGGGUGCAGGUGAGUGCUCCCAAGCAGCACGUGACCGAGCACUGGGCCAUCGAUGCCUCCAAUGCCUACCUGAGCCGCACCAGCACCAAGAAGAUGCUGAUGGUUUACUACACACUGCCCACAGAGAGGGAAGGCACCUGCCAGGCCUUCCACCUGGAUGUGGCUGUUCAGGACACCCCCAAAGACAAGAAGAAGCGGAACUUUAUAGACACCUUCUGGCUCAGGAUCCGUGCCAGGGCGCAGGGGGCGCAAAAUGCCACAAUGACCAUCGUGGACAUCUCCAUGCUCACUGGCUUCUACCCUGACCUGGACGACCUCAAAAAGCUUACCAGUGUGGUGGAGCAAUACAUCUUCCUCUAUGAGACCAAGUCUACGCUCAGCAACAGCUCCCUCAUCCUCUACUUCAGUGAGAUGUCCAGUGAAGAAGAGGUUGAAAUCCGGUUCCGCAUCCACCAGCACAUGGAGGUGGGGCUGCUGCAGCCAGCUGCUGUCACCGCCUAUGAGUACUAUGAACCUUCACGGCACUGCAGCCGCUUCUACAACCUGCCAGCACAGAGUGGGCAGCUGAAGAUCUGCCAGAAGGAGGUCUGCAAGUGUGCUGAAGAGAACUGCCCACAGCUGCAUUCUAGCGGUGGAGUCAGCCAGCAGGACCUCAUGGAGGCAGCCUGCUAUGCCAGGGUUGACAAUGCCUACAAGGUGCAGGUGGAGCAGCACACAGCCAAGGACACCUACGUGUACUACACCAUGAGGGUGCUGGAUGUCAUCAAGAUGGGCACCGACAUGGACGCGAGUGGCCAGCCCCGGCGCUUUGUCUUGCACGCAGCCUGUGAGGAGCUGCUGGGCCUACAGGAUGGGGAGCAGUACCUGGUCAUGACAUCGGACUCAGACCUGUGGCUCACACAGGACAGCUUCACUUAUGUCCUGGGCAAGAAAAGCUACAUCCUGGCCUGGCCGCAGCAGGGGGAGGUUGGACGCCAGGCGCUAGCAGGAGCCUUGGAUGACUUCUCCAACCACAUGAAAACCAUGGGCUGCAGCACCUAGGGUGGCUGAACCCCCUGUCCCCGCACACCCCACGAGGCUGCUGCGCCUCAGGAGUGGGGACCCCAGACGCGCCCUGCCCGCCCCAAAAUGCCCAAUAAAGCCUUGCUGUGCCACGCUGUGCUGUGUCGUGUCUCCUGCUCCAGAGAAGGCAGUGCCAGGCCAGGGCAGACCCCGAGGCCACCCGGUUGCGGGAGAACGCACCCAGGGGCCCAGACCCA